UAGUCAUUUUUCUUCAUCCUUCUUUUCUGCAGACUGCAGGCAUUUCCCUGAGAGAAUGGGGGCAGGAGCGCUCACCAUCUGUCACAACAAGGCUGCGGUACAGAUCAAGCAAGACAUGAAGAAGAUGGUCCAGUUGCCCAUGCUGAGGGGGACCUCCAGGGGACCUCGAYGAGUGGAGGCCAGGGGRGCUAGGCUGUUCGGCYUGUCCCUGCUGGAGCUCAGGGAGCUGGGCCUCGUGAAGGAUGGCGUGCCCCUGGUGGUGCGGAGCAUGGUAGAGUUCCUACGAGAACAUGCUCUUCAUCAUGAGGGCCUGUUCAGGGUCAACGGUAAUGUACGGGCGGUGGAGGGGCUGAAACAGCGGCUGGAGAACYGUGAGGACGUGGACUUCCUGGUUGAGGCGGAUGUGUGUACAGUGGCCAGCUUGUUCAAACAGUACCUCAGGGACCUGCCAGAAGGCCUGGUAGACUCCACCGUACAGCCUGCCCUUAUAAAGCAGCACCAGGAGUCCAGUGAGGAUGCUUUCUGCUCAGACCUGAGGGUCUUACUUCACCAGUUGCCAGACGUCCACUACGGCCUCCUACAGUACCUCUGUCUCUUCCUCACCCAGGUGGACCAGCGCCACAGGGAAAACCGCAUGACCGCUCUCAAUCUGGCAACUGUCUCGCCCCAAUGUCUUCCACAGCCCAGGGACUCUCGGGGCCUUAGGGGCCUCACAACACCCGACGACCCCAGGUUUGGCUGCUGA